GCUCAGCUUGGCUACAGGCGCUUCAAUUGCUCCGAAGCGCUGGAUCCGCGAGCUUCCGACCGGGUGCGGUGGGCUUCACCUCUGCCAUUGGCGCUUGCAGCAAGGCCGAGCAGUGGGAGAGUGCAUUGGACACGCUAUCGACGCUCUUUUGCAGUGGCGGUGGCGAUCGACCAGCGUUGAACGCGGCCAUGUCCGGGCACUGGGCCAAGGCUUGCCUCCUGCUCUCUCCCUCUGAACUGCUGGCGCCCAAUGAGGUGUCCUUCGGUGCCGCAUUGCGGUCUUUGGAUACAUGGCCUCGAGCAACAGCUCUGCUGCAGGUAAUGCCCUCCAGGCGCUGCUUUAUGAAUGAGAUUUGCUUUGGCUCGGCGAUCUCUGCUUGCGAAGACUCAAGGGGAUGGGCCACCGGCAUCCAGCUGAUCGAAGCAAUGCCGGUGAGGAAAUUGGUUGCAAACGAGGUUUGCUUCAAUGCAGCGAUCGGAGCUUGCGGUGGCGCAGGGGAGAUCGAGGCUGCUAUGGGCCUCCUCGAUGCCCUCCGCCAUCGGCGUUGCGCAGGGCCCACAAGCUUUGCAACUGCCAUCACUGCCUGCGCUCGACGAGGGCAGUGGCAAAGAGGCUUCCUGCUCCUUGCAGAGAUGGCCAAAGACAAGAUCCAGCCAGACGAGUUCUGCUACGGUGCCACCAUGGCCGCUUGUGAACGCAGCCACCAAUGGCAGUGGGCUGUACAGCUGCUGGCUACCAUGGAAGAUGCCAAGGUCCCCGCGUCCCAGAUUUGCUUCAACUCUGCGAUCAGCGCUUGCGAGAAGCUGCGGAAGUGGGAGAUUGCCAUCCAUCUCCUCGCAAGCAUGCCCCAACGGCGCCUGGCUGCUGACGCCUUCGCCACGAACGCUGCUCUCAGCUCCUGUGGUGCCAGCGGCCGCUGGGAGGAGGCGCUCAGUCUGUUCGCUGCCCACAGAAGCCCCGACACGGUGGCGUGCAAUGCGCUUCUCACCGCGUUCGAGACUGCCUCUCAGUGGCAGCAGGCUCUGGACUUCAUGGAGCAUCUCCACCAAGGGGGCGGAAUCCAGCCAGACAUGAUCUCGUAUGCAGCUUGUAUCGCAGCGGUUGCGCCUCGAUGGCCACAUGCCACUCGUUUGCUCGCGGACCUCCGCGGCGCUCUUCUGGAGGUUACACCGGCCUUGGCGACCGCCGUUGCUCCUUUGCUGGUGGCCGGGGAGCAGUUCGUGCAGCUGGCAGAGGAGUUGGACGACUGCGCUGGCUGGGUCAGAGUGCUGCGGCCUUGA